AUGGUUUUCGAGGACGAAAGCAGUGAUGACAACUCGAGCCUCCCAUACAUGCAGUCCUCCUCCAGCACCGAUGGGCUUAACCAGUCACUUGAGGACCCGGAGUACAAGGGCCUUGAGCUAGAUCUGAUGGUGUUCUGUGAGAAGCAUGGCAAGGCAUCAGAGAGGCUGGUUGCAUUUGAAGGAACAGACACUGGAAGAAGGUUCUUAGCAUGUGCAGAGCCGGAAGAUGCCAAGACUGCCAGGAGGAAUGACAAUCUUGAAAGUGCUCUAAAGAUUCACCAUCUUACAAAAGAGAAAAACAAAUUGGAUGCCACCUAUGACAAAGCUAAAAAAAUUGAGGAGAAGCUCACCCAUGAGAAGCUAGAGCUGAAGCUUCAGGUUGCUGAUUUGCUAAAGGGAAAUGAAAAGCUUAGUGAGGAGAGGGUCCAGUUAAAGCUUCAUGUUGUCGAGCUCAUCAAGGGAGAGGAAGAGCAAAAGCAGAAGAUCAAGGGGAUCCAGGCCAUGUUAGAGGAAUGA